CGGCGGCCAUUUUAUUGGGCUAGCACGAAUACACACCACCGCAAGCAUGCUUACGGCACGGUUUGCAUCUUCCUUGGCUAGGCAGCUGCCAAGAACAGCUACAAAGGUAUCUAGACAUGCCUUGGGAGCUGGUUUGGUUGCAUCAAAGAAAUUCACAACAUCUCCUGUAUCCAAAGUAGCUGGUGGGGAAGUGUCUUCAAUUUUAGAAGAAAAAAUUCUUGGAACCUCUGCAUCACAGGGAAACAUUGAAGAAACCGGAAGAGUACUGUCAAUUGGAGAUGGUAUUGCUCGUGUAUUUGGACUUAAAAACAUUCAGGCCGAUGAGAUGGUGGAAUUUUCCAGUGGUCUCAAAGGUAUGGCCUUGAAUUUGGAACCUGACAAUGUAGGUGUGGUAGUGUUUGGUAAUGACAAGCUCAUCAGACAAGGUGAUGUAGUCAAGAGGACUGGUGCCAUUGUCGAUGUUCCAGUCGGAGAGGAAUUACUGGGAAGAGUAGUGGAUGCUUUGGGAAACCCCAUUGAUGGAAAGGGUGCCAUUACCGCUAAACAGAGGGCUCGAGUUGGAACAAAGGCACCUGGUAUUAUCCCCCGUAUAUCUGUAAAGGAGCCCAUGCAGACUGGUAUCAAAGCCGUGGACAGUCUAGUGCCAAUUGGCCGAGGUCAGCGUGAGUUGAUCAUUGGAGACAGACAGACUGGUAAAACUGCUGUUGCUAUCGAUGCCAUCAUCAACCAGAAGAGAUUUAAUGAUGGUACUGACGAGAAGGCUAAGCUAUACUGUAUCUACGUUGCCAUUGGCCAGAAGAGAUCAACUGUUGCCCAGAUUGUGAAGAGGCUUUCAGAUGCCGAUGCUAUGAAGUACACCAUCAUUGUAAGUGCCACAGCUUCAGAUGCCGCUCCUCUUCAGUACCUAGCUCCCUACUCAGGAUGUGCUAUGGGAGAAUUCUUCAGGGAUAACAACAAACAUGCUCUCAUCAUCUAUGACGAUCUGUCUAAACAGGCUGUGGCUUACCGUCAGAUGUCCCUGUUGCUGCGUCGUCCCCCAGGUCGUGAGGCCUACCCCGGUGAUGUCUUCUACCUCCACUCUCGUCUGUUGGAGCGUGCAGCCAAGAUGAAUGAUGAUCACGGUGGUGGCUCCCUUACUGCUCUCCCUGUCAUUGAGACACAAGCCGGUGAUGUGUCCGCUUACAUCCCAACCAAUGUCAUCUCCAUCACUGAUGGACAGAUCUUCUUGGAGACUGAAUUGUUCUUUAAGGGUAUCCGACCUGCCAUUAAUGUGGGUCUGUCUGUCAGUCGUGUAGGAUCUGCUGCCCAGACCAAAGCCAUGAAACAGGUGGCUGGCUCCAUGAAGCUCGAGUUGGCCCAGUACAGAGAAGUUGCUGCCUUCGCCCAGUUUGGAUCUGAUUUGGAUCAGGCUACACAGAACCUCCUUAACCGAGGUGUCCGUCUCACAGAACUUUUAAAACAGGGACAGUAUGUUCCUAUGGCUAUUGAGGAACAAGUAUCAGUCAUCUAUGCUGGUGUAAAGGGACAUCUAGAUAAACUUGACCCUUCAAAAAUUACAACUUUUGAGAAGCAGUUCCUGGAACACAUUCGCUCCUCACAACAGAGCCUGUUGCAGAAGAUCCAAAAGGAAGGACAAAUUUCUGAGGAAACAGAUGCCAAGUUGAAACAAGUAGUCACAGACUUCCUUGUUGGCUUUGAAGCUUAACAUGUUUUGUGACUAUUAGGAACUCAUUUAUAUCACAACAAUAGUGCAGACGGUUUCUUUUCUUACGCGCAACAAAGUCGACAAUGUGAAAUCUGAGACAUAUUUAUGGGACAGCGAGGUUGUUAGCGGUGUGUGUGUUUGUAAACAAAGGUAAUAAGAAAACCAGGUACAUUUUGUACAAGUGGGAUUUCUAUAUUUCAAAUGUGCUAGUGUUUCUUGAGAAACAUUCUUGUGAAUCUGGACUCCAAAUGUGUGUCCUGACAAUUACCAGGAAUCUGUUGAAUGAUUGAAUUAAAUAUUAACAUCCAAAA